ACUCUCUCGGCAACUAUAAAUAAACGAAGCCAUGGAUUCAGGGAUCAGAGUAUCAGACAAGUGUGGAAACAAGAAGCCCUGCGUCCUCUGCUUCUCCUUUCAACGGUUAAGAAAUGGCACGCAAGAAGAUCAGAGAGUACGACUCCAAGAGAUUGUUGAAGGAGCACUUCAAGAGGCUUUUCGGCAGAGAACUACCGAUUAAAUCCGCACAAGUCACUCAAGCAACUGAUUUCAAUGAGCUAGCGGAGAAGGAACCUUGGCUUUUGUCGACGAAACUGGUUGUCAAACCUGAUAUGCUGUUCGGAAAGCGUGGGAAGAGCGGUUUAGUUGCCUUGAAUCUAGAUUUGGCUCAAGUUGCUUCUUUCGUCAAGGAGCGUCUUGGCAAAGAGGUGGAGAUGGGUGGAUGCAAAGGACCUAUAACAACAUUUAUUGUGGAACCUUUCAUCCCACACAAGGAAGAGUUUUACCUCAACAUCGUCUCAGAGCGGCUUGGGAACAGCUUAAGCUUUUCGGAAUGUGGAGGAAUUGACAUAGAAGAGAACUGGGAUAAGGUUAAGACUAUAUUUGUCCCAACAGGAGUGUCUCUUACCUCAGAAUUAUGUGCUCCACUCGUUGCAACCCUUCCUUUGGAGAUCAGGGUAGAGAUUGAGGAGUUUAUCACAAGUGUGUUUGCACUAUUUCAAGACCUGGACUUCACUUUCCUAGAGAUGAACCCUUUUACAUUGGUCAAUGGAAAGCCUUAUCCUUUAGAUAUGAGAGGCGAGUUGGAUGAUACUGCUGCUUUCAAGAACUUCAAGAAGUGGGGAAAUAUUGAAUUUCCAAUGCCAUUUGGAAGAGUUAUGAGUCUGACGGAGAGCUUUAUUCAUGGACUAGAUGAAAAGACAAGUGCAUCAUUGAAAUUCACAGUUUUAAACCCAAAGGGAAGAAUUUGGACUAUGGUAGCUGGAGGAGGCGCUAGUGUCAUCUAUGCAGAUACAGUUGGAGAUCUUGGCUAUGCUUCUGAGCUUGGAAACUAUGCAGAAUAUAGUGGAGCCCCCAAGGAAGAGGAAGUUUUACAGUAUGCCAGAGUUGUGAUUGAUUGUGCAACUUCUGAUCCCGAUGGCCGUAAGAGAGCCCUUGUAGUUGGAGGAGGAAUAGCUAACUUUACUGAUGUUGCUGCCACAUUUAAUGGCAUAAUCCGUGCCUUGAAGGAGAAGGAAUCGAAACUUAAGGCAGCAAGGAUGCACAUUUAUGUGAGGAGAGGGGGUCCCAACUACCAGAGCGGCCUUGCUAAAAUGCGGGCAAUUGGACACCAGAUUGGCAUCCCAAUAGAGGUUUAUGGCCCCGACGCAACAAUGACCGGAAUAUGCAAACAGGCAAUCGAAUGUAUCACUGCAGCUGCAUAAUCAAUUCAAUUCUUGCAGAUUUGUGCCUGUUAUAUUUUACUUUCCAUUCUUGUGACAAGUUUCAGUUGUUGUUUAAAAUCUUCCUUCCAAUUGUACCAGAAACCUUAGAAAAAAAAUGUGAUUUCACAUGCUAAUAGGCCAAAAAUAAUGGUGUCCGAAAUUGUAGAUGUAAUGUGUUACCAUAAUAAAGAGCUUAGAUCGUUACCUCUCUGA